UAAAAUAUCUAAUCUACGGAUAAAGUAACCGCUGUGGUCGUUAAUAGUUGAGAACUGAAACUGAAACAGUGCCACAUGGUCGAUGAUGUCUUUGAGUCCCAUGAAGAUGAAGUGCUACUCAAAUCAAUGUCUUCCCAAAACCCAUUUUCUCAAAUUCAACCCAUUCCCAUAUCCUUACACUAACUAUGCUGCAAACAGACUUCAUACCCUCUCAUUCACCAUCAACUGCAACCUCAAAAACAAGGGUGGAAAUGACUUGUCCCGGAAGAUUCUCUUAUCAGAAGCUUCCCCUCCACCACUCACAAUUGAUAAUGAUGACACUGUGAAUCUUCCAGCUAGCCCAAAGAACAAGAAAGCCCCUUUUGGGGUUGCCAAGAUUUUGAGUAAAAAGGUUUUGCAGAUUCUCUCUAAUUUGCCCUUGGCUAUUGCUGAGAUGUUCGCCAUUGCUUUUUUAAUGGCUUUGGGCACUUUUAUUGAUCAAGGUCAGACUCCGGAGUUUUAUUUCCAGAACUACCCUGAAGAUCAUCCUGUGUUGGGAUUUUUUACUUGGAGAUGGAUUUUCUUCCUUGGUUUUGAUCACAUGUUUUCAUCCCCUAUAUUUCUUGGAAUGUUGGCUCUUCUUGGUGCAUCCCUUAUGGCCUGCACUUACACAACACAGAUUCCACUCAUCAAGGUUUCAAGAAGAUGGUCGUUUAUGCACUCGGCCGAGGUUAUUCGUAAGCAGGAAUUUUCAGAAUCAUUGCCAAGAGCAUCAAUACAAGAUGUUGGUACUAUAUUAAUGGGAGCUGGAUAUGAGGUAUUCUUGAAAGGACCAACUUUGUAUGCUUUUCGUGGACUUGCCGGUCGGCUAGCCCCUGUUGGAGUUCAUAUAGCACUGCUGUUGAUAAUGGUUGGAGGAACUUUAAGUGCUGCAGGGAGCUUUAGAGGUUCAGUUACUGUGCCACAGGGGCUGAAUUUUGUUGUAGGAGAUGUUCUAGGCCCUACUGGCUUUCUUUCCUCUCCAACUGAUGCUUUUAAUACAGAGAUUCAUGUCAACAGAUUCUCUAUGGAUUAUUAUGAUAGUGGAGAGGUUUCACAGUUCCACACCGAUCUUUCCCUCUUAAACAUGGAUGGAAAAGAAGUAAUGAGGAAAACAAUUAGUGUAAAUGAUCCUUUAAGAUAUGAUGGUAUCACCAUAUACCAGACGGAUUGGAGUAUUUCAGCUCUGCAAAUUCUGAAGGACAACGAAGGACCUUAUAACUUGGCUAUGGCACCUCUAAAAAUCAACGGUGAUAAGAAACUUUAUGGUACUUUUCUACCUGUUGGAGAUAUUAACUCUCCUGAUGUUAAGGGAAUAUCGAUGCUUGCUCGCGACCUGCAGUCAAUUGUACUUUAUGAUAAGGAAGGGAAAUUUUCCGGAGUUAGAAGACCUAAUUCAAAGCUACCAAUCAACAUUGAUGGCUCAGAAAUUGUCAUUGUUGAUGCAAUAGGGAGUAGUGGCUUGGACUUGAAGAUUGACCCUGGUGUGCCAGUUGUAUAUGCUGGAUUUGGUGCUCUAAUGCUCACUACUUGCAUCAGCUAUUUAUCUCAUUCACAGAUAUGGGCCUUACAAGAUGGGACAACAGUGGUUAUUGGAGGGAAGACUAACAGAGCAAAGUUGGAGUUUCCAGAUGAGAUGAAUCGGUUGCUAGAUAAUAUCCCUGAAAUAGUUGAAUCAUCUCUAUAAAAGCAAGCUUGAUAGCAUUGGUGGUGGGACUGGUUAGCUAGCUUAUAGAGCUUUUGAGACUUCAAGGUGGGAAAAUAAAGACUCUUCAAUUGGAUCACAGCUACUUAUAUUAUGGAUUAUAUAGCAAAGAUGAUAGAGUACUUUGACAUUCAAACAUACAAAUUGAAUGCCAUGGAUGAGAUGAUAAGUAGUUGUGUUCAUUGGCUGAGUGAAUCAACAAAACUUUUGAAGAUCAUCUCAUAAGACAUUGUUUAGAUACUGAGUUCAUUAAAUGUAUAUUUCAUAUAUUUUUAUUUAAUUUCACAAGACAUUGUGUUAUUUUUGCCCCUCAUUUAGGGAAGUGAAUAGUAUCUUUGAUAUUUGGUAUUUCCAUAAUGUAUAGUUUGCAGUUGCAACUGCAUAAAGAUUGCUUCUCUUUUUAUUGUAUUGAGCUAUUCCUGUUUA